AUGCAAAUGGAUGAGGAUGUAGGAAAGGUUGCGCAAGCCACACCGGUACUAAUUUCAAAAGCUUUAGAAUUAUUCAUGCAGUCUUUGAUUGACCAUGCAUGUCAAGAAACAAGAGCAAGAAAUGCAAAACGGAUGUCCGUUUCUCAUUUAAAAAAAACGAUAAUGACAACCGAACAAUUCGAUUUUUUAAAGGAUACUGUUGCGAAUAUACCAGACCCUGUAGAAACCACAGAUGGUGGGGAAGGUCCAUCAUCAGGAGGAGCUAGUAACAAUGAUAUGGAGGGUAUCUUAAGUGCUGAUGAACCUGAAAUUGAA